UUGGACAUUGUAGUAUUUUAUGAUACAAAAGAUAUUUCAAUUGUUUGAAAGAAAAUUAUGUAAAUUUUGAGCACGUUUUCGACAUUUUCCUUACAUGAUCUGUUUGGAUAUUGUCUGAGCGGGCUCAGUCAAAGGAAGUGAUUGUGAAUGUUUUAAAUGCACAGUCAUUUAUCAUAGAACUAUUUGGUAAUACAAUGUCUCAAGCAAUGAAUAACCAAGGAUCUUACAAACCAAGGAUUUUGAAAGAAGGUUUUCUUGAAAAGAAAAGCAGUGUUUUAAAACAGUGGAGAAAGCGAUACUUUAAGCUGAAUGGCGAAGUGUUAUGCUUUUUCAAAAAAGAGGACCACAACACGACACAGCCAAUGGGCCGGAUUUUUGUCGCAGACAUUUUAGCCGUUGGCAAGUAUGUCUCAAAAGCAAAAAGCAAAGAUCAUUGCUUCAGUAUCGACACGAAGUCAGGCAAGAAACACAUUAUGAACAGUGAGACAGCCGAAGAGAGAGACGCUUGGAUCCUAAUUGUAAACUUUGCCAAAGACGAGUUUUUAAAAGCCGAGGAGGAAGAUCCAGUACGUAGGCGAAGUGUACGUCUAAACGGCGACCUAAAACGAAUAAAAUUGUUUAAAGAUCCUACGAAAGGUAUCGGAGUACGCAUCAAGAGUGUUAACGGUUGUGUUUUUGUAACAAGAAUCGUCGAAGACGGACCCGUAGCUGAAACAGGGGUCUUGCGACCAGGGGACCAAAUUCUAGAUGUUGAUGGAGUAAAUGUGAACAACAUGACUAUAGAACAAGUUAGCGAAGUUUUAAAGACUGCACCCAUCCUAAUGACAUGCACUGUAAAACCAGCAAAUCAUUUCAAAUAUGCUGCCGAAGAACCCAAAACACAGCAGAUAGAACAGAUAAAGAAAAGCAGUUAUGCGGAAAUUGACAUUGAUGCACUUGCAAAGGAAGCUGCCAAAUCUAACAAUGAAAUAGUAAAAGCUGGUUAUGAAGAUGAUCAAUCCAGCCAUGGGAGUCAAAGUUUUGUUAUUGUACCUUCUGAUGAUGAACUUGAUCAUGAUGAGAAAACUGGUGAUAAAUUUCAAACAAAUGGUGCUGAUGAGGACAAUGUUUUCCAAUCUCGCUAUGUUAACAUUCCUCCAGAGCAAGGUGGUAAAAGUGGGUCACCAAAGAAAAAUACAGUUCCUGCAGGGCAAAGAAAUUAUUUAGAAUUAUAUUUCGAUGAAAAGUGAAUUAAUAUUUUCUUUGUUCAACUAAUGUGUAUAUAGUGAUGGACAUUUUGUUUUUCUAAGGAAGAUACCUGUUGUAUUUUUUUAUAUUGCAAUAACUUCUGUAAAGUUAAAAAAUUCAUGAAAACCGUCUUAACGUUUCAGAUAUGUACUGUGGACAACUUAGAAAUCUUUUCAAAGGGACAAAUUUCAAUAGUAGCCUAAGAAUUUGAAAGUUACAUUAUACUAACAAGAUAUUUACCAAGACCAACCAUGACCAACAGACAAAAAUAAACAAGAAAGUAAGCCACACAACAAUUAUUUAAGUUAUUUUAUUGACAAUGACAACUUGUAGUAACUUUUUAUUUAUCUUGUGACUCCUGUCCAGUUGGCAUUGUUCUUAUGAUGUCAGAGUCACCAGGGUCAGUAAUGCUUAGGACAGAUACUCGAAAAUAUUUUCCACAAGCUGUUCCCAAUUCAAUAUUGUUGCCAGUAUAGUGAUGCACACCUGUCUUUGCCAGCAUGGCAUAAUACUCAAUUUCACUUUUUCUAAAAGUUAAAUAACAAUGUAAGUAAAAAAUGACAAUAUGAGCAAGCUAAUUUCUUUCUUAAGGAAAUAAAAUAUUAGAACAGCA